GCCUCAGUGAAGCAAACAUGGCGGCUGAGGGAGAUGUAGAUUUGGACCUGGAGGCCGAUGAAAACUGCACCGGGAAACCUGCAGAAAAGCCUCGCAAACAUGACAGCGGGGCCGCAGACCUGGAGAGAGUCACGGACUACGCGGAGGAGAAAGAAAUAUCAAGUUCCGACUUAGAGACGGCGAUGUCCGUGAUCGGAGACAGACGGUCACGAGAACAGAAAGCCAAACAGGAGAGAGAGAAAGAGUUGGCCAAAGUCACCAUCAAGAAAGAGGACGUAGAGCUUAUUAUGUCAGAGAUGGAGAUUUCGAGGAAUGUGGCCGAGCGCAGUCUGAGGGAACACAUGGGUAACGUUGUGGAGGCUCUGGUGGCUCUGACCAACUGAAC